GUGUAUAAACCCUGCAGCCCCAGGUGGAUGCAGUGGGUCCAGCCCAACCCAGUGCUGAGCUCUCUGCGUGUGACGCAGCUGGUCCUGCUCCCUUUCCAAGAUGCUGUUUUGGCACAACCAACCAGAGCACCUGUGGCCCAGCCCUGGGGAACUGUACCUGGGGCCACCAAGCAGCUUGCUCAGGGAGCCCUUGCCCUUGCCCUACCUGAAGCAGGAAGAGCUGCCCAGCAUCCCCAGCGCAGAACCGCCCUGCCCUGCGUUCCAGUAUGUGCUCUGUGCAGCCACCUCGCCGGCUGUGAAGCAGCAGGAGGAGACCUUAACCUAUUUGAACCAGGGCCAGUCCUAUGAGGUACGAAUGCUCUGCAACCCCAAGCUGGGCGAUGCCACCCGGCUGCUAAAGAGUGUGGUGCGUGUGGUGUUCCACGACCGGCGCCUGCAGUACACGGAGCAGCAGCAGCUGGAUGGGUGGAGGUGGAGCCGGCCUGGGGACCGCAUCCUGGACAUAGAUGUGCCACUGUCUGUAGGGGUGAUGGAACCCCAAGCGCUGCCCUCACAACUCAACACGGUGGAGUUUUACUGGGACCCGACCAAGAGGACCUCCCUCUUCCUGCAGGUUCACUGCAUCAGCACUGAGUUCACUCCUCGGAAAAAAGGUGGAGAGAAAGGUGUCCCCUUCCGCCUCCAGAUCGACACUUUCAAGCCCAGUGACAAGGAACUUCCGCCUGAGCACCUGCAUUCGGCUGGCUGCCUCAUCAAGGUGUUUAAGCCUAAAGGAGCUGACCGGAAACUGAAAACUGACCGGGAGAAGAUUGAGAAACAGCCCUUGCAUGAGAGAGACAAGUAUCAGACUGCCUGUGAGAGCACAGUCUUCAUGGAGUGUACACCAUGGCCAGAGCCCAGUUUGGGGCCCCACCCGCCUCUGAGCCCUCUUGCUUUGACCUCCCCACACUCCUGCAAGCUCCUGUCCCCGGAGAGGCUCUGCACCUCACCACCAUUCACCGUGGACACCUCGAGGGGCAGCCCAGCUCGGGAUCUGAACCCUGGAGCUUCCAUUCUAGAGACGCAGCAAUGGUUGCAUCUGCACCGGUUCUCCAACUAUUGCCGGAUGCUGGCCAAUUUCACUGGCACUGAUCUGCUGAAGCUUACCCGCCAGGACCUUAUCCAGAUCUGUGGGGCUGCCGAUGGGAUCCGCCUUUUCAACACUCUUAGAGCCAGGCCCAUCCGUCACCGGCUGACCUUGUAUGUUGCUCGGGAGGUCUCUAGGCAAGAGAACGAGGUUCCUAAGAACCCUGACUCAGGCUUUUAUCAAGAGAUCUCUCUGGAUGAACUCAGUGCUGUAGAACUCAUGGGAAAAUUGGCUGAGUUCCUGGCCCUCCCAGCCAAUCAGAUCCACCGUCUCUUCCACCAGGGCCCUGGGGGCAUCCUCAUUCUCCUCAGCGACCAGGUCAUUCAGAAUCUUAAGGAUGAAUCAUACUUUGUGGCUGUGGUGAAGAAAGGUAGGGGUUUUAGAGGGAGAGGUGUGUCUGGCAAGCCCUAGAAAGGAUAAGUUUGUUUAUAUUGUCUCCUAAAUGAGAUUAAAAGAUUCCAUGAAGGUGUGUGUGUGUGUGGAUGCUGUGUCCCAAUCAAGGGGUAAGUAUCUUCUGAAUGCUAGCUUUGUGUCAGAGGGGACAGAUUCAUAAAAGACAGCUAUUUACUGCUUAGGAAAAAUGUAACUGAGUAAAUGCAUUCUCAUGAGGGAAAAAUACCCUAGUUUCUACAUCAGGGAGUUUUAUUAGCAGGAGAGGUAAGGACUCUGCUCUCCCCUCCCCACUAUCGUAAGGGCAGGUGCUUGCUAGACAUCACCUGGAGCAGAGCACUUCUGAUCAGUUGGCUUGUGGCCUGGUUAUUCAGAUGCCUGCCCUCUAUCCCUCCUCUUUGCUGCGGUACCCAGGGAGGCUUCCUAAAGAGGUAGAUUCACGGUGGGGCGGAAGACCACUUGGAUGUGGCAGAUGCACUACAAACUGUUUGGAGGUUUGGGAGCAGCAUGGUCAUAGUCGUUGGGGUCCCACAUCAUCCCAAUGGUGCCCCCCACUUUUUUUUUUAACUGCUUUCAGUGCAGAAUCCAGAUGGCUACUACCUGGUUCUGACCUAGGCCCAGGGAUGCCCCACUG